GAGAGAGAGCAGCUGUAAGCUUGAACGCACGCAGCAACGUUGGUUCAUUCAUUCAUUCCAUGUUCUCUUGUCUUCUUCCGGUAGUUGCUAUUUCUUUUUUUCAUUCAAUCCUUCAACUCCGAUCAAUUUUCUCUUCUUAAUUCCUUCCAAUGGCUUCAUGUAGCUUAGGGGCCCCAAAUAAUAAGUUAUUGAACUUGCAAUUUGGUGGAAGAAGAGUUGGAUUCUUGCAAGGAUUUGGUGCAAGAAGUUGGAUCAGUAGGAAGCCAGUGCAGCACACUACUUUGGUUAUGCAGCAACAGUCAGUUAAAUCUUUAACUGAAUCUACUGCUCAAUCAAUAGAGAUCCAAUCUAUUACAAGAUCAGAAGAUUCUUCUGAAGAUAUUCAUUCUUCUGGUGUGUCGAGUGAGCUUGUCCCUAAGUUUCAUGAGGUGGAGUUCUUGCUCAACACAAUAUGUGAUUCAAGUUCAGUUGGGGAAUUUGAAUUAAAACUUGAUGGAUUUCACCUGCGUGUAGUGAGGGGUUUGAGUGAGAAAAAUAAAACUGUACCUCCUCUAACUCCUGCUAGUACUAGUGUAAAUACCAUCACAGAGGCACCAAAAUCAAAUGGAUUGGCUUCUAAUUCUGCAUUGUCAUUGGCCAUCUCAAAGCCACUACCUUCUCCAGAGUCUAUCCAGAGAUUCCUAGACAAAGCAACAGAUGAAGGGUUGGUAAUAAUUCAGUCUCCAAAGGUUGGUUUCUUCAGGAGAUCUCGAACCAUAAAGGGGAAACGCACUCCACCAGCAUGUAAAGAGAAUCAAAAAGUUGAGGAGGGACAAGUGAUUUGUUUCAUUGAACAGCUAGGCGGCGAGCUGCCAAUUGAGUCUGAUGUAUCAGGGGAGAUCAUCAAGAUACUGAGAAAGGAUGGAGAACCGGUUGGAUAUGGAGACCCAGUUAUAGCUGUAUUGCCAUCAUUUCCUGGAAUAAAGAUUCAAUAAUUCAUUGUAUCCAUUGCAAUGCUGUAAUUAUCUUAGAGAUUUUUUAGCAAGCAAUAUUGUGGUGCGGUAAAUAGCAAAUUUAGAAUGAUGUACGGUUUUUGCAGUGCUUUAUCACAAUUUAAUCAUGUUUAGUACUUGCAA